GACCAGCCCCGGGGCGGGGGAGGGGAGGCGGAUCAGUGGGGCUCUGGAGUGUGUCUGUGUCUGGGUUCUGUGGCAGUGCGCGCGCGCGCGGGUGCGUGUGUGUGUGUGAGUGUGUGUGUGUGUAUGUGUAUGUGCGUCUGUGUGUUUGGCGCCUGUCCAAGGUGAUUUCCCAUAAACCACAUGCCCCACAAGUCCGCUUAAAAGGCUGUGCCGAGGAGCUGGCUAGUGGAGCCCGACUGGUGGAAAGUGAAAGUUGCCUGGGUGCUUGCUCUCGGCGCCGCCGCCCGCUCUCCGCACCCCCGGGACGGCAGCGCGGCCCUCGGCCGGGGCGCGGGCUCUGCGGCGGCCAGCGAGCGAGCGAGCGAGGGCGGCCGACGCGCCCGGCCGGGACCCAGCUGCCCGUAUGACCUCGCGGGGCGCCGCCGGGCGCUGCCCUCCCACGGGACACAACAAUGAGCAGAUGCAAGUCCUGCAUUCAAGGAGUUUCCUGUACAUGGCUGCAGCCCCUGCUACUGCUGGUCUGGCUCCUGGCGAGUGGGAGUAUUACCGGGGAAGUGUCAGAACACUGUAGCCACAUGAUCGGGAACGGACACCUGCAGUUCCUCCAGCAGCUGAUCGAUAGUCAGAUGGAGACUUCCUGCCAGAUUGCCUUUGAGUUUGUAGACCAGGAGCAGUUGAAAGAUCCCGUGUGCUACCUUAAGAAGGCAUUUCUCCUGGUGCAAGACAUAAUGGAGGACACCAUGCGCUUCAAAGACAAUACUCCCAACGCCAAUGUCAUCGUGAAGCUCCAGGAACUGUCUCUGAGGCUUAAGAGCUGUUUCACCAAGGACUAUGAAGAGCAGGACAAGGCCUGUGUCCGAACUUUCUAUGAGACACCCCUGCAGUUGCUGGAAAAGAUCAAGAAUGUCUUUAAUGAAACAAAGAAUCUCCUGAAAAAGGACUGGAACGUUUUCAGCAAGAACUGCAACAACAGCUUUGCUAAGUGCUCCAGCCAAGAUGUGGUGACCAAGCCUGAUUGCAACUGCCUGUACCCCAAAGCCACCCCUAGCAGUGACCUGGCCUCUGUCUCCCCUCAGCAGCCCCCUGCCCCCUCCAUGGCCCCUAUGGCCGGCUUGACCUGGGCUGACUCUGAGGGGACAGAGGGCAGCUCCCUCUUGCCCAGUGAGCAUCCCCCCCGCCCCGUGGACCUGGGCCCGGGAAGUGCCAAGCAGCGACCACCCAGGAGCACCUGCCCGAGCUUUGAAUCUCUGGAGCCCCCGGGUGUGGAGGCCGGCCCCGGCGGAGAUGCACGUCAGCCCCGGCCCUCUGUCGGGGACCCCGUCCCUGGGAUGGAGGACGCUCUUGACUCUGCAUUGGGCACCAACUGGACCCUAGAAGAGGCCUCCGGAGAGGCUAGCGAGGGUCCCAUACCCCAAGGGGCAGAGCUGGGAGGAGGCAGAGUCCAGGCCGAGACGACCGCCAGGCCCAGUGACCGCCUGUCAGCACCUUCUCCACUGCCCUACUCAGCCAGCGGCCAGCAGCCGGACGACAUGCCUGGUGCACCCCUGCCCACGGUGGGCCCUGCGCGACCCGCUGGCCAGGCCCAGAGUCACACCCUUGAGAAGACAGACCGUCCAUCUGCCCCGCCCAGAGACCACCAGGAGCUGAGCUCUGCCAGGACCCCGCCGCGGCCCCCGCGAGGCCUCAGCAGUCCCUCGGCCCUCUCUGCACAGCCAAGGCUUCCCAGAAGCCACUCGUGGGGCUAUGUGCUGCCCCUCGGGGAGUUGGAGGGCAGAAGGAGCACCAGGGAUCGAAGGAGCCCCACAGAGCUGGAAGGAAGACGAGCAAGUGAGGGGGCGGCCGGGGCCCCGGCCCCUUUUAACUCCGUUCCUUUGACUGACACAGGCCAUGAGAGGCAGCAGGAGGGACCCCCUGACCCUCAGCUCCCCGGGUUUACCUUCCGCCUGCUGGUGCCCGGCAUCAUCCUGGUCCUGCUGGCCGUCGGUGGUCUCCUGUUCUACAGGCGGAGACGGCGGAGCCAUCGAGAGCCUCAGACAGUGGAUUCUCCCAUGGAGCAACCAGAGGGCAGCCCCCUGACCCGGGAUGAGGACAGACAGGUGGAACUGCCAGUGUAGAGGGGUUUCUAAGCUGGGCACACAGGACAGUCUCUCCACAGGAGGAGACGUGAUGGGAGCGUCCACCACCACCCCUCCCCAGCCGUUCUCUUGGGAAUGUGACCUGCCUACCACAAGGGCUCCUGCCUGCCAGGACUAGAGCAGAGCAGCGAGGCUGGGGUCCCCCUGCCCUCGACCCUCAGACUCUGGACUGACUAGGAGAGGGCUGGAGGAUGCCCCCCACCCCCACGCUGCUGAUAUUUAUCAUGGGCCCUGGAGGCUCCCAUCCACUGGAGGAAGGCUGGGAAGUUCGGCUGAGGACCCUCUGCGCCUCAGGGGCUGUGUCCUCCUCCCACUCCCCUCCAAGCCACACCUGGGCCAGGGACCCGGAUGCCCGCAGGAUGUGGGAGAGCAGGAAGGGCACUGAGGAAUGGAAGAGCCCUUGUGCCCAGAGGACCGCCUGGUGUCAAGGGAUCCCAACACCGGCAAGCAGGGACUUGUCUCCGGAGAGAGAAACAUGAGAUUGGCAGGGCGGGCCAGCGUCCCGGCUGGAUUUCUCGUAAAGGUGUGCAGCCCAGAAGCCGGGAAGAGAAGGUUUCCGGGGCCUGCUAGGUCCCUGCUGACAGCCCGGAGGGGGCCUACACCCUCUCCGCUUGCCCAAGUGCCCUCUGCUGGUGGCCAGGCGGAGAGGGGAGGCCAGCCCUGCCCUCGGGACCUGUCUGGCUUGGCUCCGAUGCCAAGCGGGAGAGCCAGCUCUGGCGUCUGCCCCACCUUCCCUCCAGCUCUGCCAGCGCUUCUCCGGGAGACUGCGCAGAGGCUCCCCUCCUGAAGGAAGCCAUUGCACUGUGAAUACUGAACCUGCCUGCUGAACAGCCCGCCCCGUCCAUCCCCAUGAGCGAACGUCUGUGCACCGUCCUGCCCCUCCAGCCUCUCGCCAGCGCCCUGCGCCGGGGCCCCAAGCUGGCCUUGCCUGUCGACUGAGGGAGCCCCUAAGCCCUGACCUUCUGCUGACCCAGGCUUUGACUCUCCAGGGCGGAUGGGGUGGGAGAAGCAGCUGGGCCGCCAGCCAGAGCUGGUCUUUAGGCUGCAUCGUGUUGUUCGCAGGUUUCUGCAUCUUGCACUUUGACAUUCCCAAGAGGGAAGUGACUAGCGGGAGGGAGGGCGGGGAGGGUAGAGGCAGACCCAGAGGGAGGCUGCAGGGCGAGCUCCCACUGAAACUGGGUCUUCGCAAUUAUGGAUAGGCCGCGGUGGUUGGGAGAGGGCGUCUGCACCCCGACCCCGCAGCCUGGUCUCCUUCCCCAUACCAGGCCCCGGCCCCAUCACAGCACCCCACCCAGCUCCCAUCCUCUUCCCGUCCUUUCUCUUCCCCCACCUGGGGAGGCAGUGAUUCCCCAGCGCUUGCCCCUCCACUAUCUCUCUGACCAGGCCAGCCAGGGUGGGAGAGGGACCAGGCAUUCGCCCGCAAGUUUGCCUUGAGGGCCUGAGCUUCCUGGGCCAGCCCGUUGCCACUGCUCUGAGAGCUGACGGGAGGCUUCGGGCCCUUGAUCGCGCCCCGCCUUGGUCCCUUUGUGCUGCCGUGCCCCUCCUCUCCUGCUGCCCUGGGCCCCCCACCGAGAGAUUCCCCCCUUCCUGGCCUCUGGGCUGGGCCAUGAACCUUUCUUCCUGCCCUCAAAAGUGGGGGUCUCCCGCCCCUCCCCCCGCCCCUGCCCUGCUGCCCUCAGCUGAAGGAAAGGCAGCGGGGAACUUGUCCUGUGGGGCUCCUUCUAGUCACAGACUCUAUAUUUGAUGCUAGAAAAUAUGUAUUUAAAAGUGAAAGAGGGAAAAAAAAUACCCCACAGAAAGAAGGCAUUCCUCCCCCACCCCAAACAUAGAGUAUUUUAAAAGUCAAGAAAGCAAACCCAACCCAUUGCAGAAGCUCUUUGUGGGCGCUUGGUGACACAGAUGUGGGAGCGCCCCCAGACCUCUGGGAGGCUCCCCUGGCUACCUGCACAGGAAUCCCUUUGUUGAGGGAGCUGAGAGGCAACGUUGGCUCACACACUGUGAGAUUUUGUUUUUAUACUUGGAAGUGGUGAAUUAUUUUAUAUAAAGUCAUUUAAAUAUCUAUUUAAAAAAUAGGAAGCUGCUUAUAUAUUUAAUAAUAAAAGAAGUGCACAGGC